UCAUGUUUACAUGAAGAUAAACAUUGUAUAUCAUAACAUUAUAAUUUUACAGGCGAUAUGGCUAAAAUAGAAAUAAGAGCGUUGAUUAAGCUGUAAAAGACAAAAUAGGUUAACGUUGAUGGUACAAAGAAGAGUUAUGGUACAGUUCACGUUGAAACGUUUUUGCCAUUCACACCGUCGUGUUCUUAAUAUAUUUUGGCGAAGACAAGUAUAGACUGUCAGUUUUCCUGUGCGCGUCGAGUUUGACGGAAUACUCAUCAUGCGGUUGUUCUCGCUGCUGGUCUGUGUGCAGUUUGUAUCGAUGUGCCGGGCGUUCACUACCAUGCCUACCAUGAAUGUCUGGGGAAUGGGCAACGGCAACCAGUUCAUGCCAUGGGGCCAGUAUGACUUCCUCGCCCCGGCCUUGCCCAAUUUAACACCCAGUCCAGUAGUUACAACAAAGGAACCCUUGACACCCGUGUCAUCCGCAGCACCCGUGGUGUAUGAGACAAAGGCACCCAAACCACAAGACUUCAGUGAUCGUUUACAAGCUCUUCUGAUGCAGACUGCCGACAUAGCAAAACAUCCGAAUGCUAACGUGACAAAUUUAACAAAAACGAUUGUGUCGGUUCUGUUAGCUGGGAAGCGAAAGCAGGAAACAGUCACGGCACAGACACCACUGGUCACUACGACUGAAGCUGUAACAACAACGCCAGCCACAACAUCAACUACAACCGCCACAACCACCACCACCGCCCUACCAGUAACAACAACUACCAAGAAGCCACUUUUGGAGAUGACCCUUGCCGAGCUCCUCAUGGCAGCCUCAAAGGGAAAGAGUACGAACAUCGCCGCGGCAUUACUCAAACAUUCGAAGCCAAAGAACAAGCGACGCGGAUGUAUGUUCCAGGGUAAAAUGUACAUGCCGCUCACAGAGAUUGAGCGUGGUCAGUCGGGCAGCUGGUGCUUCGGCUCGUACUGCAACCACGAGAGCGACAUUGUCCACUGGGAUGACCACAACUGCACCAGCGCCACUAAGACCCCCAAACCCUUAAUGGGCGUGGAGACGGCGGCUACAACCUUUAUAACCAACCCUCCUACCAAGCCCACCACCCCUGCCACAACCACCUCAGUGAUCUCUGGUAUGGAUCCCGUACUUUUGGACCAAUUAUACCGGCAGUUCUUAGCUGAAUCGACUGGGACUGGCAGCGCAACUGCAAGCAGCAGCUCCCAGAAUAUCAACAGUCAAGGCGUCCCUGACCAAAUGACCGCUUUGCUGAUGCAACAAAUUGGUUCUGGGGCCAGCGUGACCAGUGGGGCUAGUUUGAACGCCCCCAUUGGAGCUCAUGGUAAUGUUGAUCCGGUGGUGAUGGCUAUGAUGCAGCAGGCCGUAAAAGGAUCACCUGGGUUAAGUGGUUCAAGUGGCGCUGGAAUAGGAGCAAGACCUAGUACCGAUGGUUGUGUUCACCAGGGUCGGUGGCACGCACCUGGAACGGACAUAGAGAGCCAUAGGGACUAUGGACACUGCUAUGGAUUUUAUUGUGAUUUCAAUUCUCAGGUCAAAUAUUGGAGUGACCGGUGUGCUCAGACUGAGGCGCCGCCAACACAAAAUUUCCAAGAGCUUCGGCGUCAACUCCAGCAGUUGGACUUAUUGAAGAAAUAAACUUUGUCAUUUUUAAUUUAAUGAUAUCAUGUUUGUCUGUGUGGGUAAUUUCAAAGACUGAAGCUCAUUAUAAUAUACAGCACGGAUUUUUCAUUUAUUCUUACUGGAGCCAAGUCAUCAAAAACCCUUUGAACGGUUGAUCCUAAGAGUAAUUUUCGAUGGUGCCGAUCUGCUAUUAGAACUUUUCCGGGUUACACUAAUGAACCUAGGGUCGGACUUAGACCACAGAUGUCCGGUCGUUUUUUAUAAAAUGUCAAGAUGGUCAUCUCUUAGCGAACGCAAAUAAUUAUAGAUGUACUUUUUGGGGACAUGCAAUAAUAAUCGUAUAUACUCCUACUGUUCUUCAUACGGUAAUAUAUAUUAUAAUUACAUUUUUUUGUUUGAUUCAAUCGUGACUUGUGUAAAAUGGAACUUUCUGUUCAAAUAUUUGCGCAUUUUCUUAUUUCGUUUGGAAUUGGGAAAGGGAACUGAGGUUUUACCAUGAUGUUUAAAAUCUUUAGCAAACCGUUCUAAAUCCUGUCAAUGAGUAUAAGCCUUUAUACAGCUAUCGCUACGUUUUCCGAUAACUGUGGUUAUAAAGAAUGAAGUAAAACAUUUUCUAUCCGUUAAAAUAACAAUAAAGACAAAGUGCAACGAACUCCAAAUAUUAAGUGUACAAUCGUGCUAAAAUCAGAUACCCAGUAUUCGAUUUAAGAAAAGAAGCGAACGUCAUGUUAUGAGUUUUAAUAUAUUCUUACAUAAACAGCGUUUUUGUUGAUUUCUUGGUGCAUUUUUAUCCUUGUGUUCGUCUCUUUGCUAUAAA